AUGUCCUUGAUAAAAACGGCCGCUUCCUCGUCCUCUUAUCAAAUCAAAAUGAAAACGCAACAACUAAGAUCAGAUGCGAGUGUGCAAAUUAUGCUCCAUAAACAAUAUGGAGUGUGUCUUUCCGGGAUUUUGGGAAUGCAGUGUUGGCGGCCCGCGACACACACAACAUACAAGGAGCUGCUCGAUAUGGCAGGCAUAACAGGAAUAAUUUAUUAUAUUAAGAUAUUCUCAGGACCGGCCCCGUCUAUACCUGUCGCGAGUAUCCGGACAUGGAGCGGCGGCCCCUCGGUGGAUGUGCAUAAUGACAUGGAUAAGUUACUUAAAGCAAUGCAAAUAUCAAGGACAGUAUCAUCUGCAAUGCAACAGAAGAACAACUUGAAUGCAUCCAGAGUUAUGGAAUGCUCAUAUAUUAGCAUGAAACAACAAUUUAUACAAUGCCAGCAUGGCGAGUCUUCGCUCGCCCAAACAAAUCAGGUGCUUGGAUGGAAAUAA